AUGGACGAAUCGACUAAAGAGAGUAAGAAUUGCGAGAAAUCCGGGGAUCAGAUGAAUGUCCUGAAGGAGAAGCAACCGAAAGAGCAUUUCAACGGCAGUCCAAUGACACCGAAGAUCAAGAUUCCCAGAUCUCGUAAUGAGAGCACCAGUAGUGACGAGAAUCUGAUGAGCGCUACGAUCGUCGACUCAAACAACUCGAGUCCCGAUGGGAAGCGUCAGAAACCGCAAACACCUGACAGCCCACCCCUCACACCCACCACUCCGCCGAUGAGCCAGAAUAUAGCCACCGGUGUGUUUGGUUACGGCAUAACCCCAUCGCCGCCCCGCUUUGUGUCGCUCGAGGAGAUCAUGAAAGCGGCCAAUGGUGUCGAGAACAUGGUGUUGGCGCACGAGAUAGCCGUCGACAACAACUUCAAGCUCGAGAAAGUGGAGGCGCCCGACAACAGUUUGGAGAAAAGGGUGAAGGAAGUGAUGCACAAAGCCUUCUGGGAUAUACUCGAGUCCCAGUUGAAUGAGUCGCCAACUAAUUACAAACAGGCCAUGAGUUUACUCAAAGAGAUUAAGGAGAACCUGUUGUCACUCCUUCUGCCACAACACACACGCCUUCAGCAGGAGAUCCAAGAGAUUCUCGAUUUGGAUCUAAUCCUACAACAGGCGGACAACGGUAUACUCGACUUCCAGCGCUACGCCCAAUACGUGCUGUCCGUAUGCGCCCGACUCUGCGCCCCCGUCCGCGACGAGAGGAUCCGUGAGUUGACGCAAACCGAUGAUGUCGUGCCUCUGUUCAGAGGGAUAAUGGAGUUGUUGGAUGUGAUGAAGUUAGAUAUGGCUAACUUCCAUAUCCAACAGAUGCGACCACACAUUCAGCUCAAGUCCAUUGAAUACGAGCGCAAAAAGUUUAAGGAGUUUCUCGACAGUCAAUCGAAGUUGACUUCAGUCGACGGACUCGAAUGCACCAAAACAUGGCUUAAGAGGAAUUACGAGUCGAUUGAUGUGUCAAAUGAAACCAAUUGUAAAAUCAUUACGAAUAAGAUUCUGGUGAACGCCUACUUAGAGCUAUUGGUUUGGGAUAAUGGGGUACAAGAGCUCUAUCCGGAGACACUGCUAUUGGACGCCAAGAGAAUUAGUGAAAUCAGAGCCAAAGUGAUGAAACUGACACUAAUUGGGAGCGUAUUUCUCGUGACGUACGCCACCGGCGGUCCAUCAGUUCAAGGACUCCAAGAGUUUAAGGAUAAACUGAAAGACCAUCUCAUGGUUUUGAUAGCAGACAAGUGCGACGAGUAUUCGGUGGCAGAGCUCAAGAGUGUCAUGACUUCGGUGUCACUGCAAGUGAGGGAAGAGCUGAAAGCGUGCGCCGAAGAGCACGGGUUCGCACCAUUGGACGCAUCGAGAGUACAAUCAAUGGAGACGCAGAUUGUGGACAUCCAUUGCGGCGACAAUCGGCUGCGCAAAGUGGUUGAGCGCCGGAUACUGGAGUUCGUGGAGCGGGUGUUGAGUUCGCCGACAGCACAGCCCCUGCAGAUCCCCACCGGUCUGUCGCCCGUAAAGCAAGAGUUGUCACAAAUCGGUGGACAGUUUAUGCGAAUCGUGGGCCACAACCGGGCGGUGUUCAGCCAAUACUACGCCGAUAUGAUCACCGAUUUGGUGCCCGGUUUGAGUGCGUGUGAGACCCGUACCAUAGAAAGAGAUCUCACUAUUAGUUCGCAUUAAAAGCAUGUGUUAUAUGUAUUUGAAGUGCAUUUUCUGAGUUCAUGAUAUCAUAUGAUAUACAGAAUAUUAUGUGAGAAUUAAUAUAAUUUCUAUAUUUUUCGAUUUAUUUUAAUUUCCCCUGAAUAUAUUGUAAAUU